GCUGCAUGGUUACAUAUGUGCAGGACACAGAAUUAAACGCCGAAAAUAAAAACAUGUUCCUGAUCCCAAUAAUAAUUUCGGUCUUAUUAAGUGAGAAGCUUAUACGGAGUACAGGGCUGGAUUCUCCGUGUGAGAAAAUUGGGAAAACUUGUGGAAAAAGGAAUGCUGAAGAAAAAAUUGUUCAAGUCGGAGAUAUGUUAUUUUAUGGUGACGAUUUUUUCACUAAUGAGACUUUAAAAGGUGCCAUAACCUCGGCACAACGACUUUGGGAUGGUGGCAUUAUUCCGUACGAAAUUGAUGACCUUUUCAAACAGCACAGACCCCUCGUCAUGGCCGCUAUGCAACAAUAUCAGGAUUUCACUUGUGUGAAAUUUGUACCUCGGACGACGGAGGUGAACUACCUUUACAUCGAACAAGGUACGGCUGGGUGUUCAACUUUUGUGGGGAAUUUGCGACGGGGAAGGCAAAUAUUGCAGUUGGGGCGGGGUUGUCUCUUCAUCGGAACUGUGGUGCACGAGCUGGGUCACUCCAUCGGUUUCCACCAUGAGCACAAUAGGAUCGACAGGGACGAGUAUAUCGACAUUAUAUGGGAAAAUGUACAGAAAGGAUCGGAACGACUAUUUGUGAAAACGCCUGCAUCACAAGAAUGGAUGAUUAAUGGGUAUGACAUCAACAGCAUCAUGCACUACGGAGAGACGGCCUUUUCAAAGGACGGGAUUAGCCCGACGAUGAAAAGCAAGGAUGGCCGGCCAAUUUACGACCCACGGGGAAAGCCUGGCCUCAAUUGGAGUGACAUUUACAGGAUUAAUAUACUUUAUAAUUGUUAGAAUGUCGGUACAAAUCAAUUGAC